CUGCCCUUCUCUCCUGACUCCGCCCCGCAUCUGUCCGGAACCGCCUCGCGUCUGAGCUGACCCAGUGCGCGUCCGCCAGUCCCUCCGGACCCGCCGCGAGUCUCAGGCUGCCGAAAUCACCGCGCGUCACUCGCCUCAACAGUGAUUCUGAGUCUGCUUUUAGCUUUCUUCGCCUUGGCUUUUUUCUGUUUGUGAACAGCUGUUUGGCCCAUAGCUUAGAGAAAGCAGCCUUUUUGUCUCUCCCAAGAGAGCCUUCUCCCUGUGCUCAGAGAGAUGGGGAGUGGGGAGCCUAAUCCUGCUGGCAAGAAAAAGAAGUACCUCAAGGCUGCCCUGUAUGUGGGUGACUUGGACCCAGAUGUUACCGAGGACAUGUUAUAUAAAAAGUUCAGGCCUGCUGGACCUCUGCGCUUCACCAGAAUCUGCCGUGACCCGGUGACCCGCAGCCCCCUGGGCUAUGGCUACGUUAACUUCCGCUUUCCUGCGGAUGCUGAGUGGGCACUGAACACCAUGAAUUUUGAUUUGAUUAACGGCAAACCAUUCCGUCUAAUGUGGUCUCAGCCAGAUGACCGCUUAAGGAAGUCUGGAAUUGGAAAUGUAUUCAUCAAAAACCUGGACAAAUCCAUUGACAACAGGGCCCUUUUUUAUCUGUUUUCAGCUUUUGGGAGCAUUCUCUCCUGCAAAGUCGUAUGCGAUGACAACGGCUCUAAGGGUUAUGCCUAUGUACACUUUGACAGCCUGGCCGCUGCCAAUAGGGCCAUCUGGCACAUGAACGGAGUGCGGCUCAACAACCGCCAGGUGUACGUGGGCAGAUUCAAAUUUCCGGAAGAGAGGGCUGCUGAAGUUAGAACUAGGGAUAGAGCGACUUUCACUAAUGUUUUCGUUAAAAACUUUGGAGAUGAUAUGAAUGACGACAAACUGAAGGAACUUUUCAGUGAGUAUGGGCCAACUGAGAGUGUUAAGGUAAUAAGAGAUGCCAGUGGGAAAUCGAAAGGCUUUGGAUUUGUAAGAUAUGAGACACAUGAGGCUGCCCAAAAGGCUGUGUUAGACCUGCAUGGAAAGUCCAUCGAUGGGAAAGUGCUUUAUGUAGGGCGAGCACAGAAGAAAAUUGAACGUCUGGCUGAGUUAAGGAGAAGAUUUGAGCGGCUGAGAUUAAAAGAAAAAAGUCGGCCUCCAGGGGUGCCUAUCUAUAUUAAGAACCUGGACGAGACCAUUGAUGAUGAAAAACUGAAGGAGGAAUUUUCUUCCUUUGGAUCAAUUAGUCGGGCCAAAGUGAUGGUGGAGGUGGGGCAAGGCAAAGGGUUUGGUGUUGUCUGCUUCUCCUCUUUUGAAGAGGCUACCAAAGCAGUAGAUGAGAUGAAUGGUCGCAUAGUGGGCUCCAAGGCCCUGCAGGUCACUCUGGGCCAGGCCAGGGGCAGGUGGUAAGGAUAAGAAUGCUCAAUUUGUUUCAGCCUUAAGCUGGUGCCUACUUAGUUUGGGCUACUUUGUGAUAAGAGGUUAUUUUAUGUCAGUUAACAGGUUUUUUUAAGUGAAUACUUUCUUUUGAAAAAAAAAAAAGUGAAACCAGAAAGCCUUGUUCAUUUUAGUGAAAAACAUAAUUUCUAAUUGUAAAACUGUCAUUUUGUACUAUUUUUCGAUAUAAUAUCCUUAGGAAUAUAUAGAAUAAAGUUUAUUCCUCCACACACUUGUCCUAAACCAGUCAAGGUGAGGUAAUUGAGUAUAUGUCCUUCCUAAUUUCACUAAUACUACUAAAUUUCAUUUCUAUUAGGUCCUUACAUCUGAGUCUAUCACAGUGAAAACUUCUAACUUGCUUUUUGAGAAAUCAGUAGAGCAGGGGAAAGUGUAUGUGAUCCAGUUAAUGUUUAUGCAUAAUUUUACUUUAAAUUAUUAUUUAAAAUGAAUAUUCCUUUUUAAAGAUGUGAGCUUUUUUCUUUUUAUUUAUUUAUAUUUUCCCUUUUUUAUUAUACUGUGGACAUACCACAGACUUCAUAGUGGAUUUUAGUAAGUUUUGAGAGUUCCCACUAUUAACUUUAUAACUUCAAUAUAACUUCAAUCAAUCAGUACAUUAGAAGAUUAACACUUUAAAGAUUGAUUUUUUAAAUUCUAAGUUUCAUCUUAAAAACCUUUCCUGAGAGAUUUAAUAUUUGAAGACAGGCUAAGGAGCAUUCUUAUCGCUUGUUUUGCUAAACUCUUUAGUAGGUAUAUUUGGAUUGUGUUUAAUUAACAAAAAGGGUGAAUAACAACAUUGAAUUGCCUUUGUCUAUAGUUAAUUUUAGGAUUACCUUCAGCCUUUGUCAUGUCAAUAUAGAAGGUAAACAUUCCAUGUAAUGAUGUUGAAAACUACUUUGAAGAACAACUUCUAUUAAACUUGUCAUUACUUCUUGUAAACUGUUGAAUAUAUUCACAAGAUAAUAUUCACAGAUGUUUCAAAAUUAAGGAAAAGGUCCUCUCUUGAUUAAGUGGCAUGCCUCCAUCUAUCGUAUGAGAUCUCUUAAUCCAGUGUGGUUCUCUUUCUGUCUAGCUGCUUGGAAGUUAUGACAAAAUAUUCUGUUCUAUGUUGCAGUUAUGUUAUUUGCCCUGUGACUUCUAUAUUAUGGAUUUUCUGUGUUUCACUUGUAGUUCCCUCUUGUCCACGCCCAUCUACCUUUCAAUCUGUAUUACCCUUACUUUUUUAUUUUAUUUAUUUUUUUUUUCAUUGUGCUGCUGCUCUGCUCAGUCACUCAAUCAUCUUUGACUCUUUGGGACCCCGUGGACUGUAACCCACCAGGCUCCUCUGUCCA